AUGCCCAUCACAGGACUGACGAAAGCUCAACCGGAAUCAUCGGGUCGUAAGAUGGUGAGCCGAUGUCUUCUUCUCACAAUUCAACAGACAAAAGUCCAAAGCAACCCUCCUGUGAUAUCCGGUGGAACCAAUCUACGAAUCCCUUCUACCUGCCUCUUCAAACGAAAUGAA